UACUUAAUUAAAGUGUGAUAAAAUACAUAUUACAAAUAAAAUAAAAAAAAAGCUUUUAUUAUUUCGUUUUAAUCAUUUCUUUCUAAUAUAUUUUCGUCAAGUUGUUUUUCUUCAUUCGUUUUGUGUUUAUUUCUGAACAUAAUAAACCUAUCAAUGUCAUGGAUUCCUUAAAUAACGACUGUCUGAUAGAAAUUGUAAAAUAUCUCAAUUUAAAAGAUCAAAUAACGCUACAUCAAGUGAACAACGGUCUACAGGUGACAGUAACAAGUCUAUGGCUGUUGAAAUACAAACAUGUACAUAUCAAUUUUUUGGAGGUGCCCUUAAGUAAUCAAGAAUUUGAGAUAUUUUUAAAAACUAUACAAGACAUAGUGGAAGUUUUACAAUUGAGAUUUUUAACACAAGAUAAAUAUGUAAUAAUGAAAGAGUUUUGCUUGCCACGAGUGAAAAAUUUUCGUUUCACCCUCAGCAAGCCGUACUUUAUGAAAGACAGUGAUAUAAAAGACUUGAAACAGAUUUUACCAAAUCUAAAUGCAUUUAGUCCACAUGGUAAUUUAACCGGCCUCUAUAUGGCGGAGUGGAGCUCAUUAAAAGAUCUCAAUUUAAGUUUUUGCUUUAAACUUGAAAUGCUGCAAUUUCAGACCAUAAUUAAUAAAUUGAAAUUGGAAAAACUAAAACUAAAUGUUUUUCCCAAUAACAAUCAAUUUGAACAGAUGAAUUUAGUGGAUGCUCAAGUUGAGGAUUUAAAAUAUUUGGAAUUAAAUACAUAUGAAUUUUAUUACUUUCUGGCAAAGCCUCUCAAAGCACUCAAAGAGUUAGUCAUAACGAAUCAUUAUAAUCCAAGACAAUUGUUUGAUGUAUUACUAUCCAUUUGGGAGGCGAACAAGAUACGUCUAGUGGAAACCGCUAAUGUUGAUAAUAUUUUAGUGAAUUGUUUGGAAAUGCAUUUGAAUGUAGAAGAGUUGACUAUAGUCAAUGAUGAAAAUCCAUUACCCGCCAAUACUAUAACCUCCCUCCGUCUAUUGACCAACUUGCGUAAAUUACGCUUUAGAAGCUGUCAAAUAAAAUCAUAUAAUUUUGUAAAUCUUCUUAAGAAUACUCCUCAAUUAAAUGAAAUCAGUUUUGAGCAGUGUCAAUUCGAUGUGGCCAAUAUCUGUGUAAAGGUGGAGGAAAUAGCUGUAAAUCGAACGGAGAAAUUAAGACUGAAUAUGUUAGAGAAUAGACUGAUGGAUAAUUUAGAUACACCAAGUUGGUGCAGGGAAAUGGAAGAUAUGGUGGAUAUAUUAGUGGAAAUACUCGGUGAUCAUAAUUUAUUGGAGUUAACCCAUUUAAAGGGAAGCGACUUAUGUUAUGAACCAUUAUAUGUUGUAUUUCGUUAAAUGUAUUUUAUUGUAUAUUAUAUAUUUCUUUUUAAAGAAAAAAAUCGUGCAUAAUAUU